ACACUCGCUCCGAUGCGCGGCUCGUGGGACGAGGCCGCGACGGCGGCGCUGCACGCGCGCAUCCUGGAGGCGCACCGCGGGCCCGCCGCGCCCGAGCGUGCCGCCGAGCCCGCCGCCUGCGCGGAGCCCGCUCCGCAGCAGCUCAGCGUCGAGCUGGCGGCGCCCACUCCGCUGCUGCCGCUGCCGACGCUCUCCUUCAGCGCCGCGCAGGUCGCUACCGUGUGCGAGACGCUCGAGGAAAGCGGCGAUGUGGAGCGACUGGCGCGAUUUCUUUGGUCGCUCCCGGUGGCUCAUCCCAACGUGGCAGAACUCGAGAGAUGUGAAGCUGUACUCCGGGCGAGAGCUGUGGUCGCGUUUCAUGCUGGAAGACAUCGUGAACUGUAUUCGAUACUAGAGCGGCACCGGUUCCAACGUUCAAGCCACGCAAAGUUGCAGGCUUUGUGGCUGGAGGCACACUAUCAAGAAGCUGAGAGGCUAAGAGGAAGGCCGCUCGGCCCCGUGGACAAAUACCGAGUGAGGAAGAAGUUCCCGCUGCCCCGCACCAUCUGGGACGGUGAGCAGAAGACGCACUGCUUCAAGGAGCGCACGCGGUCGCUGCUGCGCGAGUGGUACCUGCAGGACCCGUACCCCAACCCGACCAAGAAGCGCGAGCUGGCGGCGGCGACGGGGCUGACGCCCACGCAGGUCGGCAACUGGUUCAAGAACCGGCGGCAGCGGGACCGAGCCGCUGCCGCUAAGAACCGCUCGGCACUGCUCGGCCAGGGCUUCGCCUCCUCCUCGACGUACGACGAGGACUCGGCCGACUCAGAGAUCAACGUGGACGAGGAGUAGCGUCGGGGACUCUUAGUGUUAAUAAGCGGCGCCGCCGGGCGCGGACGCUCAGUGACUGAUGAUGCAAUAUAGACCACAGUUAUGUAUUAUUCUAGUUAGAUCGCAGAUUCCGUGAUGUAUGUGAUGUUAAGGCAUUGUAAACCAGUUUUUAGGGCGUAAUUAUAUCGUUAAAGUGUAAGCGAGUGCUCGAAGUAUCAGCAUUGGCGUAUCCCAGGUAUGUACCGGGCCUGGCCCCGACUGUAACUCGACUGCACUGAUGACUACUCGUUGUUACGGUGUCACAGGGUUCAUUUCACCAUCAUUUGUGUUUAUACUCCUACUCAGAUCGUUAGCUAAUUUAUUUGAUGCCUUCGCGCGGCUGCGUUAGAUAUGGAUGCGUUUCUGUAAGAAGCAUUUACUUACCUAAAUAUUUAUACAUCCUAACUAUUUUUACCAGUAAAUAUAGAUUUUA